UCCAAGAUUCUCCAAAUGGCCAUCAUCACAUUUUUAGCUCAUAUUUUCCUUCUCAUUUCCCUCUCCUUCUUCAUCAUUAUCGAAGCUGAAGACUUCUCCCCAUGGCUAAAGGGGAAGCUCGAGGACAACGACAACGAAAUCGAUAGCAACAAUCACAAUCGGUUCACAAAACACGAUUGCUCGGGAAAGCAAAUUUUCUGCCGGAAAUUAGACGGAGAUGGGUUGGAGGGGAAUAAGAAGAUCAUGAAAUGCUGCAAACACCGAUGCGUCGACACUGACUCGGACGUCAAAAACUGCGGCUCUUGCAGCAAAAUCUGCCCAUUUCCACAGCAAUGUUGCAAAGGUUUUUGUGUUGACACAAACAACAGCCGGUUUAACUGCGGGAAAUGUGGGAAUAGAUGUCGUUUUCGUGUUCGUUGUGUGUAUGGGAUGUGCGGGUACGAUCAGCCGGACCCUCCUCAGCCGCCGACAGGGUGGUGGAAGCCACCGCAUUCGCCCAAGGAUCGCCGCUACCUGCGGCCGGUGGAUGGGCGGAGGAGCUCUUUUGCUUAAAAUGGUAAUACAUUGUGUGUGUUUAGAUUUAAAAGUAUGGACUUUUUUUUUUUUUUUUUGUU